UUUCAUAAAUUAAUGGCCAUUAACAUGUAAUUGAUAGCAUUAUCAAAAUGUUUACUAGUAUUUAAGACGAAAAACACAUCUAGAUUUAGUAUUCCAGAGUUACUAGAUCAAACAAGUGUUAGUUUUAAUCGGAAGUUAAAAUGCGAGGUGUCACUUUCAUAGUGCUUAGCAUACUUUCCACUAUUUUGGGAUCGUAUGCUAUUAACGAUUGCGGAAAGGUUUGCCAUGGGGAAGCAAUUCCAGACGUUCAUGACUGCUCCAAAUUUCUUCUGUGCAACAAUGGUGUUUUUCUGAGUACAGUUUGCCCUCAAAAUUAUGGAUUUAAUAAAGUAACUUUGAAGUGCGAAUACAACCCUUCUUGCUGGAAAAAUCCCCCGGUUCAACAGAAUCCUUGUCUUGGACGUCCAGAUAAUACAUAUGUGCCAUAUUCUGCAUCUUGCAAACUUUUCUACUUUUGCUAUGGAGGAUUGUCACUUUUGAAAAGUUGCCCAGAUGGUUACAGGUUCGACACGGCGGCUUCAUCAUGUGUAGUGAAUACAACUUCAUGUACUUAAUUCUGAAUAUUUACAAGAAAAAGUGCUGAGUUCUAUUUUUUUUAUUAUAUUUAUAUUAUGUAUAAUUACUACACAGUGUCGAAUAAUAUGGAUAUCCAAAAUCUAAAGUAAAUAUAGUUGUCAAGUGAAGGAUCAAAUGUGUUUAUUUCAGUA